AUGGAUUAUGAGGCGCCUAAUGGCGAUCGUUAUGAAGACGAAGCUCCUCGCUAUGAGCGUGACAACCGGAGCGCUUCCCCACGUCCUAGUCGAGAUGAAAUCGACACCGGGCGUCGCCGCUCCGCAUCGCCUGCUGCGCAUCCUGACAGUGGCUCGAAGGAAACAUCUGCUCCCAAGGAUGAUGAUGACGGUGCUGUCAAUCCUGGCUCUAACCUAUUCGUGACUGGCAUUCAUCCCCGCCUGUCAGAGGCUGAGGUUACCAAAAUGUUCGAGAAAUAUGGCGACGUGGAGAAAUGUCAAAUCAUGAAAGACCCUCAUUCCAAGGAAUCGCGCGGCUUCGGCUUCGUCAAGAUGGUCACAUCGGAGCAGGCCGAAGCUGCCAAAGAAGGUUUGCAGGGAGAGGUGAUCGAAGGCCGUACUCUGAGCAUCGAGAAAGCUCGCAGAGCUCGGCCUCGCACUCCCACUCCGGGAAAAUACUUUGGCCCCCCCAAAAGAGAAGGCGCGCGCCCCCGAUUUGAUGAUCGUCGCCGUGGAGGGUAUGGUGGUGGUGGCUAUGGCCGUGAUGAAGGAUACCGCUCGCGUGGCUACGAUCGAGGCGGCAACGACCGAGGUGGUUAUGAUAGAGGCUACGAGCGCCGCUAUGAUGACCGCGCUGGAUACGAUCGAUCUUACGACCGUUCUGGUUCUGGCUACGAGCGUGGAUAUCGUGAGGACAGGCGUUACGAUGAGCGAGCAGGCUACAGCCGGGACUACGAACGUGGUGGUUAUGACCGCCGUGAUCGCGAUGAAAACUAUGGUCGCGAGAGGCACAGUGGACGCGACGACCGUGAUCGCCAUGUCCCACGCGGCGGUGCCGGCGGCUAUGACCGUGAGAGAUAUGACCGCCAGGGUGAUCGCGACGCUGGCCGAGCCCGCGAACCUACUGCGGGCGGCUCCGGUGGAUAUGGCGAUUCCGCCGCGCGCUCCGAGCCACGAGAACAAUACGGAGGUUUGAACUCACGAUAG